AUGUUGCUCUACAAGCAGAAGUCCAAGGAAGUCAAGGGCGACAAUAAUAUGAUGCUGAUCAGAAUCAGUGUGGUGGGCAGUACCGGGCCGAUCCGGUUCGUGGUGAACAAGAAGGAACUAGUCGGUGUGGUCAUCCAAAGGGCCUUGAAAUCCUACGAGCGUGACGGUCGGCUACCAGUUCUUGGCUCCGAUCUCAAAGAUUUUGUGCUAUACUGCACUACUGCCGCCGGCACUGAUGCUCUGAGUCCGUGGGAGACAAUUGGAUCCCGGGAGGGAGUUAACUUCACUCUAUGCAAGAAGCCACCUACGACUCAGCCAAUGCCAUUGGCUGCAGCUGCUUCUGGUCACAAGAAGAGUUUGAUCAAGGGCUGGAUCAACAAGUCCCUCAACUUAUUUAGAGAAUUCCAAUGGGAUUUGAUUGAGGCUUGA